AUGGCAGAACUAAGCAAUAUUACGGAAGAUGAAAACCAAAAGACAUCCCUAGAACAGUCCUGCUCGGCAGAAUUUACUGGAGUCGUACAUGGUAAACUGCUCUUUCUUCCAGCGAUAAAUAUCUUUUUCUCCAUUGCUGCAUUUCUGGGCAACAGUCUGAUCCUAGUUGCCUUACACAAAGAAUCUUCACUUCGUCCGCCGUCCAAACUCCUGUAUCGUAACCUCGCGUUAACUGAUCUGUGUGUUGGUAUCGUUGUGGAGCCUCUGAAUGUUGUUUCUUGGAUUUCGAUGCUGAACGAAAAAUGGAAUAUUUGCUAUUACGCAAGUGUAACAAAUUUUAUCUCAGGUUUACUUCUAUGUGUGGUUUCUUUAUUUACACUCACUGCAUUAAGCGUUGACAGACUUCUCGCUCUUGUGCUUGGAAUUAGAUACAGACAAGUUGUAACUUUGAGGAGAACAUAUUUAAUUGUAGCUGCCAUGUGGAUUUUGUCCAUUGUCCUCGCGUUAUUCACAUUAAUCUACUAUUGGAAUCCUCAGAGUCAUGUUCCAUCACGGCUCCUUGGCACAGUAAUCAUUGUAUGUCUUUUUACUUCUUUUUUUUCAUACACAAAAAUUUUUAUCACUCUUCGCCAUAACCAACAUCAAGUACACAGCCACAUUUCUCAAGAGCAACCGAGCCAAGCCGUUGCCUUGACCACAACUCGAUACAGAAAGGCAGUGUACAGUGCACUGUGGGUGCAGGUAGCAUUGGUUGCUUGCUAUCUGCCGUUCUUUAUUACCGCAAUGAUAUUGGCAUCUCAAAGAGGAAGAAGGGUGUCUUCUUCGGUUUGGCUUGCUUCGCAAUUUGCGGCUACUUUGGUUUAUCUAAACUCUUCCUUUAAUCCAUUGCUUUACGGUUGGAAGAUCAGAGAAUUAAGGCAAGCUGUAAAAGAAACAUUAAGGCAACUUUUUCGUUUAUCGAGUUAG